AUGUCGACGUCUUCAACGAGCCUAGAGUCGCUGACUUCUCAGUUUGAAUCAGCCGACGGAACAUUGGUGAUCAUGAUAGUGAGAGCCAGACAUCUACCGAACAGAAGAAAACUAGAUAAGCAAUCUCCCUAUGUUGUCAUUCGACUAGGCACCCACGCCAAAAAGACAAACUCCGAUUUUAGAGCCGGUCAAACUCCUGAAUGGACCCACGAGGUCAGGUUUGAGCUCAGUCGCGACAAGAGACCCGUGUUAAAAGUGGAUUUGUUGGACGAGACCAAUGGCGAUCCUACCCCUAUUGGCGGUUGCGAAAUUGAUGCUCUGAUUGUUUUACGACAUCCAGAUGCUAGCGCGGGGAAAUACAUCUACGAUAAAUGGUACGACUUGACUUAUAUGGGCAAGAGGGCCGGGAUGUUGUAUUUGGAAAUGACUUUUUAUCCUUCGGCACCGGUACUACCUCCAAAACUCCUUCUAGCCUCCUCAUCAUACCCCGUCACUGCCGCUGCUGCUGCUGAUGGAGAAAUAAUCAUGGGUAUUCCCAAUGUUUACGCCGAUGACGAUCUUGCGAUAAAUACGAAUCCCAGCUCGAGUAAAGGAGCUGUGUCUCCUUAUAGAAGGAAUGCAAUUCAAGAUGUGUUUGUUUCGCUGGAUGAUUCCGCUGCCGGUGAGCCGCAGUCACGGGCAAAUGCGAGUCACGUCGUGUUUGUCUCGCUGGAUAGCUCACAAUCGAGCAAGAAAUCGUCGAUAUUCCUGAAGACUAAUCAAUUGUUCCAAACGCCUGCUAAUGGUGGGUUUGCCAGCCUCAAUCGGGACGACAGUAAAAACGACGUGGUGAUUAGUGUCACUGGCGCUGGAGGAGAUGGAAGAAAGAGUCCUAGUAAAUUAGCUGCCAAGUUUGCUCGAUUUAAAGACAAGCUUGGGAACAAGCAAUGGAGUGAUGCCCAGCAUCUAAGUGCUUAUGGUAAUGGAAUCAAGCGUGACAUUUCUCCCAUUAGUGCUUACCAAUCGAACGACUUGGAUGAAUUGGAGGAUGAAUUUAGAAGAAAUGAGAGAUACAACGACCAAGUUCCUGACCUUGGCGAGAAUAUAGUUUUCAAAUCGCCACAUAAAGCGGAAACACAAGCACCCGUACCAUCUCCGACACCUCCACCUCCACCACAACACCAAAGUUAUCCAACAACAACAACAUCAUCUGCAAACCACUCGCCAACGUUGAACAAGCCGCUUCCCGCGGCUCCCAUAAGAAAAGCUCCGCCCUCCAUGACUUCGAAACUCGAUCUUAAAGACAGCACAGCCAUACCAUUCUCGGCAGAAUCAAUCGGGGCCGACAACUUCAACGAAGCGUUGCCUACAAAAGUUUACAUGUUGGAUGAACAAGUAAAGUCCCUCAGCUUUAAAGAGUCGCCGUCGUCACCUCACCAUCACCUUGAGCCUGACGAACUGCUAAUUAAAGAUGAAAUUGACCCUCAAUACUAUGCACCUACUCCCAGCGAGCAUUUCUCCAAGCCAAGUAAUAGAUUCGCCAACGGAGGUCUCAAGAGGGAAAACGUAAAAGUUGAUCUACGAACUGAACGUACUGGCUACAUGGGAGAUGGCAAAUUUAGUCCCAGUAUCUUCCAAAAGGCCAGUACUCCAAUCCCUACUCAUCGACCAUGGAAUGUGUAUCGUGAAAAAUACGGAGGUGAAAGUUAUAUCGAUGAUGAUGACGACGACGACGAAGAAGAGGAUAAACCACCUGUACCACCCAAGAUUCCCCGCGGCAUGAACGAAUUUGAAUACUUUGCAUUAGAAAAGGAUAAAUUCAUGCUGGAUCUACAAGGGAACAGGAUAUGA